GUUGAUUCAGUUGUGAGCAUGCGCAAAGGUACUUCCACUUUCGAGGAACUCGAUUGCACUGUCGCAAAAUCUGCAAAAUGCAGAAGGUGUGGGGGUAAUUUGAGGGGAGAGACUGACGAGUAACGGUUUUAGGGAAAAGGGAGCACUAAUCGAAAAUGGCUGAAGACAGGCUGAGACCAGCUGAGCGAUACAUGGUUGUUUUUGGAGUCAAAUUUCGCAAGCCAUCAGAGCUGGAGCCUUUUGAAGUCGCCUUCAUGGCUCUGGGUUUAGUAAGUUGCGUGGCAUCCAUUGGAAUGACCAUUGAGCGUUUGGCUGUGACAAAGAAAGAUAGCAAUGACUUUGUCUUUGCUUGUCUUCUUUUCAUUAACAUUUUGUUUAUUCUUUACUAUGUUUUGCAUGGUGUUCUAAUGGAAAGACCGUUUGAGAUACUGGUGUCAAUGGUGACUGUCCUUAUUGUAUUGGGUUAUUGCAUAGUUGACUACGUAACAAAUGUUGAUCGGAGGACAUCGUUGAAACUGGUCCGGCUGAUAGUUGUUUGUGCCUUAGGGCCGGUUGAUAUUGCCCUUGCUGGAAUGGUGGCUUGGAAAUUUUUCGAAGGGCCAGGAAAUCUUACCUUUAGACUUGUUGGGGCAAACAUGCAGUUGCAGCGUAUAUGCAAGUUCUAUCAUUUCUUCACCGCAUUCAUGGGUUUUGGAUUGCAGAUGGUCCUGAUUCUGUUGGUUUUGUUGUGCAUAUCAGAUGAAGGUUCAAAGUUGGCACUGAGUGAGAAAAUCAUCAUUGGAAUCGGAGUUCCACUUAGCUGCGUAAAUAUUCUCAUCGGCCGUUUGGGUGCUCGACUGGAAAACCCAAUCAUGACUUACUGCUUUUUGGGCUUCUGCGUCGCACAAUCAGCGUAUAUCAUUUACCUCUUCGACAGGUUUGGGGAUCAGCUAGAAAAAGCCGAUGAAAACCACGAGAAGGUCCUUUAUGGUUCAAUCAUUGCUGCAGCUGCCAUUGGUCUGGGGGUGCAGAUUGUACUAAUGGCACUCUGUGUUGUUGUGAUAAGAAAUUUCGGAAAAGGACUUAAGGAAAAGCUCUACCAACAAAAUGAAGGCCAAUCAACUGAAGAAAGAUAUAUUCAACAAAGCGAUGACUCCUAAUCAGCCUCUUCGCAGAAGGAGUUGUACAGUUGUUUGUAACCAAUUACUCAUUCUGGCGUAAACAUUUUGUAAUUGUUCUUUUCAUUUUGAUCAGUACGAUAGACGUUGUUAAUCUUGCUUGCAAACAAGCUUUUUUCAUUUGCAAACAUAGAAUGCUGUAGUAGUGUAGUUUUAUCUUCGCAGUUUUUACAUAACACAUCGCAUAUUGACAAUGGUUUGAGCCGUGUAAAAAGUAUCGACCAUUCACAGCAAUAAUGAUGCCAAGAAAUUUGUAAUUGGUGUACAGUAUAACGGUGUUGUACAGAUGAUCUUUAGUUGACCAGAACGCGGCACUCGCUGUAGUGCGUGAACCUUGCAUGACACACCACCUUGUUUGAGCAUACAGCCUCAGCGUACCAAUAAGUAUUUAUUUGGAUUCAGGUUGGUGAUGAUAAUUUACUUGUCAGGCGUAUUCGUCCGACUGUAGCCUGUUGUCCAUCAAACAUAUUUCAGCAGAAUCAAAAAAUGGCUUCCUCAAAACAGAAUCUUCCUUGCUAGAAUGGUGCACCGAGCCUUCCUUUGAUCUUCAAAUUUGUCACCAAUGUGUAACAAGAUAGAUCAGUUGAAUGGACUAUGGCUUCAUGACGGCCCAAUGUUUACCAUUUCAGAAAAUACGUUUCUAGUAGGCAUUUAUAGUGGUAAUAGUUGUUCUUCUGUUUUUGUUCCUCGUUGAUUCGGUAUAUAUUCGCAGAUGCUGGCAGAUACAGACGUUUGUUUACCGUGUAUAAUGAUUUUCAAAAUUGUGUUACAGCAUGCUGAUAAACAUUAUUUACAAACAAUGAAGAACAUAAUUUAGCGAUACAAGUUGUGUUAUCAUGCUUAAAGUAAAUGCGGUAACAAUUAAAUUUCCUCUUUUCUCCGCA